ACGCCAUUUUGAUAUAGUGCUUUGUGUACGGCAUCAUCAUUUUUCCCAAAAUGAGAACUUUCGAUACGCUAAAAUAACAAAGUGAGAAGGGUGCGCACCACUUGCGAGAUCAGGUGUCGUUUAUAUGUCAAUUAAACAUGUUUGAACCGAUCCUAAACAUGUUUGGAAUUUCGGAAUAAAAGCCCAGGUUUUGGAUUUCUAGCACCGCCAAAUAAAUGGAUUGGGAAAAUGUGGCUUCGCAGUGAAAAACGGAAAAACAUCCGCGCCAUCUGCCUCACCCGCAUCCGCAGAGUCCGCAAGAACAAACCCGGCAGCGCGAAACAAAAGAAGAUCGACCCGCCACCCCUCUCCGACGAAUGUAAAGAGAACUACCAGGCGCAGGUAGUUCCCGAGUUCGACAAGACCCCCCAGAGUCCCAACCUAGAGGUCGACCUGAAAUGUUUCGAGUACUUUGAGGCGAACAACGCCGCCUCCUUCGAGAAAACACCAGAGCUAGUUCUAAACUCCGAUCUUCCCAAAGAAAUCGAAUAUUCCAACUUCAGCGCGGGCUUGACGAUGGCGUGCGAGGAGACCCUCAACCACCCCGACUACGCCAGCAACAUGCAGUUCCACGUGACCGAGAAGAAGGCCUGCGACAAGUACAGCUUCGACGUCUUCUCCGAGAAGAUCUGCGAGACGAUGUACUACGAGUACGGGGCGCUGCGGGACGAGUACCAGGACGUGCAGUUCGACGUCAACGACUUGAACAACGUCAACACCCAGGAGUUCACCAACAUGCUGGACGAGGAGAUGGCGCAAGGGAACAUGCCGAACGUAUACGACUACACCACUUUGUACCCGGUCACCAUGCCAGACGGUCACAUGAUCUCAAACAUCACGCCCGAAUCCGAGGACCGCCUCGACAAGCAGCCGGAGCACGUGGAGGUGGAGGACACUUGGGAGGCGUUCGAUCCGUACCUCUUCAUCAAGCACCUGCCGCCUCUCACGUUCGAUAUGCGCUCCAAGUGCCCGGCGCUGCCUCUGAAGACGAGGUCCAGUCCCGAGUUCAGUUUGGUCUUGGAUUUGGACGAGACCUUGGUCCAUUGCAGCUUGCAGGAAUUGUCGGACGCCAGUUUCCACUUUCCUGUUCUCUUCCAAGACUGUUCCUAUACGGUUUAUGUUCGCACGCGCCCGUACUUCCGCGAGUUCAUGGAGAAGGUGUCCCAGAUGUUCGAAGUGAUCCUGUUCACGGCCUCGAAGCGGGUGUACGCCGACAAGUUGCUGAAUCUCCUGGACCCGGAGAGAAAGUGGAUCAAGUAUAGGUUGUUCAGGGAGCACUGCGUCUGCGUCAACGGCAACUACAUCAAGGAUCUUUCGAUUUUAGGCAGGGAUUUGUCUAAGACCAUCAUUAUCGAUAAUUCACCGCAAGCCUUUGGUUACCACCUAAAUAAUGGCAUACCGAUAGAGAGCUGGUUUGUGGACCGGACAGACUCCGAACUUAUGAAGUUGUUACCAUUUUUAGAAGACCUAGUGCAAAUGAAGGAGGACGUCCGACCACACAUCCGUAACAAGUUCAAGUUGUUCAGCUACCUCCCUCCCGAUUAAUUGGCAGCUGCAGUCGCCUAGACAAUCUCUAACUACAUAAUACUCUGUUUUUGUUUUCGUUAAGUCUAAUUGCGUUGAAGUACUGACUGACGUCACUGUUGCUUUCUUCAAGUAUAAUGCAACUGAGGUGCCUUUCGGAACGUCUCUUGUAGAAUAAUUUAUAAAACAUCCUCGAUUAUGUUUCGUUGGUGAUUAAUUGUGCAAUACAUAAUUGAAAGAACUAUAGCUAGAUGGUUCUAUAAAUACGCAUGAAAACUAAAACAAUGUACAUAUUAUAUUGUUGGUCAGUAUUUUAAAAGAAAUUUAUUAAAAUUAGAGAGUAUAAAAAGUUGAAUUCUUUUAUUGUAUCACUUUGUAUAUAGGGAACAAAAGUUUAGGAAAGUCUCUUGCCAUUUAAGGAAAAACUAUGACCAUAGAAUAGAUGCAAUAUUAUGCACAAGAGUAUUUUGUUUGUUGUUUGUUAUUAUAUUUUUUUUAAUUGCGUAUUAUACGUACGGGGUUCGGUACGUUAUGUUGUGAAUAUUUUCAGUUGUUUUCCUUUCCUUUGGCCGAAUCCCCAAGUAUUAAGUGUAAAUGUUAUACGUUUCAUAUUUUAUUACGCGUAGCAGUAGAAACUCGUAUAAGUUCUGCAGUACUUACGUGGGAAACGCCUUCAGGCACCGUUCCGACCAGCUAAACACCUCUCAUCAGUUGUUGAUAGAAUAGUUACAAAUUCUAUAAAAUUAAUGCUUUUUUUAUAAUCUACUCAUUAUGCUAUUACAUGUUAAUCUUUGUUUCCACUGUUAUAUUUAGUUAUUUUUGUAAGUUUAUUAUCUAAUAAAUAAAUAUAUCUCCAUACACAAGUACAAAA